UAUAAGAUGUAUAAAAAUGAAUAAAAACAUCAGUGUAGUGCUUUCAGUUUUUAUGAAGCUGUUAAGUCAUUCUGACACGGCUAGAUUCACCGCAUGUGUUAACUGUAUUUAAGAGGUGGUAAAGAACAGCGGUUUAGUGUUUUAGAAGGACUUGCUAGUAAGCAAUCAUGUCGAAAAGUGUAUCUCGUGGCUGGGUCAAUUCUGAUAUUAAAAUGAUGGGGAAAACCGUCCUUAUAACGGGCGCUAAUACUGGAAUCGGUUUGGAAAGUGCAAUCGACUUUGUAAAGCGCGAAGCAAGAGUAAUUCUCGGUUGCAGAAACAUUGAGAAAGCAGAAGAAGCGAAAAAGCGGAUAGUUGCAGAAACCGGAGGUAACGAAGAUAAAGUUAUUUUGAAGCAACUAGAUUUGGCAUCUUUCGCUUCUGUGCGCGCAUUUGCAAAGGAUGUGAAUGAAAACGAAAGCAGAAUCGACGUUUUGCUAAAUAAUGCAGGUAUAAUGAUGUGCCCAAAAGGCAAAACCGAAGAUGGAUUUGAGACUCAAUAUGGUGUUAACCAUCUCGGCCACUUUCUGCUUACAAAUCUUUUGCUUGAUCUUGUUAAGAGAAGCGCCCCAAGUCGCAUCGUGAAUGUAUCUUCAAUCGCCCACCGCAUGUUCUCGACUAAAAUUGACUGGGACGAUAUGAACUAUGACAACAACUAUUCUGAAACGGGGGCUUAUGGCAGAAGCAAAUUAAUGAACAUACUCUUUACAAGGGAACUAAGCAGAAGACUGGAAGGCACAAACGUCACUGCCAACUCUCUGCACCCUGGCUCCGUAAACACUGAUCUUCAAAGACAUGUAACUGGGACCUGGUCUCUAAUGGGCUUUUUUAUAACGCCUUACAUGAAGCUGUUUGGUGUGACUGCUAAACGAGGUGCUCAGACAAACAUCUACCUUAGCGUUGCCCCAGAACUGGAAAAUGUUACUGGGAAAUACUUCACUAACUGUGUACAAGCAAAUGAAAGCGACCAAGCGAAAAACGACGAAGACGCGAAGAGGUUGUGGGAAGUUAGCCUCAAAGCGACCGGGUUGUCUGAAUCAUCAUAAACAAAUGCAAUAAUAAUUAUUUUCUGUAACUUAGCGUGUUGCAAUAUUCUAUAUGUACAGUCAAAUAAAUAUACACUUUUAUUGAGCA